AUGGACUCACCAAUUGUUACUGAUACUACCCUCAUUGGCGUAGCUAGUGAAGGUACAAAAUUGAGACUGGUCAAUUUCACACUGGCUCAAAUCGUCUUCCUUGCCAUAUUCUGCUUCAUCAUGACACUCUUUGGGUUGCUAGGAAACGGGACAGUCCUUUACUCAUCUGUAAGAUACAAUGCAAUAAGACUGGAUAGAGUUUCACUCAUACUAGUCCAGAACCUGGCUGUUGCUGACAUUAUCUAUACCCUGUGUGUCAUUCUUCCCCAGCUUAUAACUUAUGUUGCUGGACAGUGGGUUCUUGGAAACGUUUACUGCUUCAUUUCUGCACAGAUCAGCUUCAUACCUGGCUCUGCUAAUGCUCUUACUGUCUUGCUCAUCACCAGUUAUAGGCUCUGGCUGGUAACACAUCCUUUCUCUAGUACUUCCAAAAACGAGGCAAGAAUUGCAGUAGCCAUAACAUGGGUCCUUGCAUCAGCUGGUACUAUCAUCUCCUUGUCUUACAAGUCAUCUUCCACCUUCAAUCCAAAAAAUGGAAAGUGUACAUCUGAAAUUUAUGUGAUUAAGGAAGCAGAGGCAAUCUUCAAGAUUGCAAUAGGAGUAAUUAUUAUGAUUCCUCUGUUAGUUAUAACAGUAGAAAACAUCAUCCUUUGUGCCAUUGCAGUGAAGAGUUCAAGAAUGCAGGAGAACUCUAAGCCCAAUUACAAAGCAUUGGUCAUGGUCUGUGCACUUUCUGGAAUAUUUAUCCUCAGCUGGGUUCCUUAUGUCAUCUACAGCUUCAUGGUAAGCACGAACCCUGACAUCCCUCGAGCUGUAGAACUCCUAUCUUUCCAUUGCAUCUACAUAAACGCCUUUGCAAACCCGAUUCUUUAUACACUGACAAACAAACGUUUUGGAGAAUAUGUGAAGAAUCUUCUUCUGACCAUAUGCUGCUUCAUCUGCCGGUACGAAAAGGUUGCCAAAAGCCAUUCAAGCACAAAUCCAACGAGUACAUCCAAUGCAAGAUCUGCAAGUGCAGUGGAAAUUGAAAAUCACCAAAGUGUCAUGCCAGCAAACUUGCCAGUUGUAGAAGAAACUCUUUAAACAAAC